CAAAGUUCAAAGGCCAAUCGGUAAUCAGUCACAGUAUGUCCUGUCUUACAAAGUAAUGUUUUUUCCAUCAUUGCUUUUUUGAAUCCACAGUGCAUGAUGUCUAUUUGUGUCUGAUUGAUAAGAUUGAUAGAAAGUGUACAAUGGAAAUGUGGACCUACACGCAAGGUGCUGAAGUGUUGUGAACUGCUGCAUUGUGCUCCAGCUCUGUGUCUGUCUGGUGGCGAACACUGUGUUUACUUAGAGCUUGGCAUUACCAUCUCGCCAUUCCUUAACUGUCACAACAUCCCAUUAUGUUUUCUUCGUGUGGACUCUUUUUACCCUGUUGUCUUCUCACAUCAACGCUGAGCUUGUUGCUUUCAAGUCACAGUGCAGUUGAUGUCACAUCAGCCAGCAAUGAGGAUCCGAGAGUCCGUGACACUCGAGCAGUCAGCGACCAGGCACUGGUUCAACCUGUCGACUGUGUUCUGUCAGAAUGGAGUCCGUGGUCACGUUGUGACAUUUGUCAGGGAAAAAGAUACCGCUAUGCCAAAUUGAGCCAGCCAACACAGUUUGGAGGGGAGCCUUGCCACUUUCAUGGCAGGGAGGAGGAAAGCUGUGAAGUUCCAGCACGUUACACCUGUGACAACAUUUUGCCGUGUGAAGGUUUCCUUUGCAGCCAAACAGGUCGCUGCAUUCCAAGAACGCUGCAGUGCAACGGGGAGGAUGACUGUGGUGACAUGUCAGAUGAAGUUGGAUGUGCAGGGAGUCAGAAGCCCUGCAGAUUUGAAUCUGAGGAGUACUGGGGCAUUGAGAACCUUGCCAAGGGAAUCAACAUUUUGAACAGCAACCUGGAGGGAGUUGUUCUGGAUAACAGAUACUAUGCUGGUAGUUGUUUGCCUCACUAUAUCCAGGAUGUUCGAUUCAGGAAGCCUUACAACUUGCAGCAGUACACUCUGCAGACAAAAGGGUCAUACGAUUUCACUCUGGAUGCUUUUGACUCGUACUCCGACUACAUGGAUCACACCAUUAAGGAGCGGAUGACCCAAACGAUUGUUUCCAUUGGCUUUGGCAUUCCAGGUAUUUUUGAAUUUGGCUACAACCACAACAAAGCCAAAUACUCCAAGUCAGUCCAGAAGAUUCGUCGAGCCUCCGGCAAAUCUUACAGCUUCCUCAGGGCCAAAGCUGAGCUGGAGCUGGCCCAGUACAUGCUCAAGUCAGACAACUUGAUGCUGAGCACAGAGUUCCUGCAGCGUCUUCGCUCCCUGCCUCAGUCUUACGUUUAUGGUGAAUACAGGCAGAUCUACAGAGACUACGGUACGCACUACAUCACAGAGGCUGCCCUCGGAGGGGAUUACGAACACACCAUCAUCCUGGACAAAGAAAAGCUAGAGAAAACCGAUUAUUCUUUGACAGACUACAAAUCAUGUACACAAUCAGGACUUAAGGUUGGCGCCAACAUAUAUGGCGUUUACGUGUCUGUGGGCUUUCAAGGUGGAUCCUGUGAUGGCCUCCUCAAUGAAAUGGGAGAGGAGACCUCACUUGGUUGCAUGGUGGAGGACACCGUGGCGGUGGUAAGGGGCGGUAGCAGUGAAUCCAUCACCGCUUUGGUGUCCCAGAAGCUUCCCUCCCCACAACUGAUGAGAUUAUGGGGCGAGGGAGUACGCUUCAAUCCGGACUUCCUUCGCAGAACGACCCGACCUCUGUAUGAGCUGAUCACCUCAAGAGACUUCAUCCAUGACAGCAUCUUGAAGAGAAAUCUGAAACGGGCCUUGUUUGAGUACUUGGAAGAGGCCAGCUCAUGUCGAUGUGCUCCCUGCCGCAAUAAUGGAGUGGCUGUGCUCAGAGGGACCAGAUGUGACUGUGUGUGUCCUGUUGGCUACAGUGGUCGCGGCUGUGAGGUCACACACAGACAAAAAGAUAUUGCCAUCGAUGGCAGCUGGAGCUGCUGGGGUUCGUGGUCUUCCUGCAGCAGAAGAACAAAGACGAGGAGUCGCCAGUGUAACAACCCGGCGCCCAGCAAGGAAGGCCUGCCGUGCAGAGGCUUGCAGGAGGAGUCCACUGAAUGCGUUUAAAAUUCAAUCCGUUUCCCUCCUGUCUGUAUGACCCUACAAUUAACAUUUAAAAUAUAACAAUUUCAAUAUAUUGAUUUAUUUGACGUCUACAGUCGUCAAUGGCAGGGAAUGAGUUGGAACAAAACAGAAGUCAAACAUUGCAA